AUGUUUUUAUUUACAAUUUUACUUUGUCAGUUUUUCGGUUUAAUUAGCUUUAAAACGAUGUCCAUGAAGAACUUCAAGUGUUUAUUGUUUUUCCUAGUUUUGGUUAUAAUGGGAGGCACACGCAACUGCUAUGUAGUGGAGUCACCCAUUGUUCAAGUGGAAAUGGACAAAGCCGGCAUGCACAGGACCCUCACGUACCGCCUGCGGUUCGAUUAUCCCCUGGUCGGCAAGGACUGCGAGUACGUGCUGCUCCAGGCACUGCCCGCAUCCGUUUACAUAAGCACGGACGAACUGGACGACCUGCAGCGUCUGAAGAGGUUGAGUGCCGUCUAUCCGAAGUUUGUCAACAUUGAAGUGGCCACGGAACGGGCGCAGCCGUUCUCCGUCCUGCUACGCGGCACACCCAAGAUUACGGAGGCGCUGGGGCUGCCCGUGCAUUUUCGCUACCAUGCACCCAGCGAUAAGCGGUCGGCGGCCACGGUGGCCAUACCACUGCCGGAGCUCUAUCUCAACUGUCCGACUGCUGAUAGUGAGCUCGUCGAGAACGAGCUGGUGGCCCGGCCCGAUAAGCUCUACUGCCUGAACACGGCGGAAAGCCGCUUCGACGAGAACGUCGUCAAGGAGGGCCAGCCGACGACCAUGGCGCAUCUGGAGCGCUGCAACUGGAGGCGGGUGCACGUGGAGUGCCAGCUGAAGGCGCCGCUGCGCGCCGAGAUUCCCGUUGGCCAGGCGAACGCCUACGGCCCGGUGCUGUGCGGCACCAUCCUGCUCGGCUGGUCCCUGGCCCUGUGGACCAUCAUCCGCUCGAUGGCCAACACACGCCGCAUCAAUCAGCGCCUCAACGAGCAGCGACUGCUGCAGCAAAAGGUCAAGUAACAGGCGACGAAGUCGGUGCGAUUCCAGGACAACAAUGGUUGAUAUUGAUUAACCAAGACAACACACUCCGACGAUUACACAGGGCUGUAAAUAUUUAUUAGUAUGCUGUGCGCAUAGACAAUUUACUUAUAGACAUACUUAAAACGACUUAAUAACCCUAGAAACGUGCUACACAUCGUAAAGUCUUUUUAGGGCUUAUCACAAAACUAAGUCAUGUUAAGCUUCCCAUAGUGUAAACGUAAACAUAAACCAAUAUCUUAGUUAGAGCUAGGCAUAUCCAAAAAUCGCUGGCACAGACGCCAGGCCAUAAUAACAAUAACUUAUAAUUACUUCA